UAGCGAUCGAUCUGGGCAUCUCCUUCUUCUCCUCUCCUGCUCAGUUGAUUUAAAUGGCGUCUGUGGCAUCUACUGCUCGCGACUUUUCUCGAUUAUCUGUUUCUAAACCAUCUUCAUCGCUUCUUACCGAAUUAGGACCACUUGACAUAUUCGGAAGAUUUCUCGGUUCUUCAAUAUCGUUCCCCAUCGGGAGUAGGGGAACAGACAGCAAAAUCCAUUGGCACAAGGUUAUAGUUGUGGGUCAAACUUUCACUGUUGAUGAUGGCGAUGAUCGGCAGGCAGACGAUCCUGAAAACAAGGAGUUUUUGGAGAGCAUCAAGAAUUAUCAACUUCCGGAAGAAUUUUCAGAAGAGGGAAUGCAUAUGGUUCGGGUGGCAACAUAUACUGGUGAAGAUGAACAGGAUGAUGAGUUUCAUCGGCUUUUGAAGAUGCGUUGUAAAUAUCGCUGGUAA